UGUGGCAAAAACCCGAGAACCAAAAGGGGACAUGGCAAUAUUCAAGUACCGAGGGGGUAAAACACGGUCCAUCACAUUGUCUCUAAUUGGUUGAAGGCAAAGAGAAUACACGCGUCAAAAAACGACUGCUCAUGAAAGUGAAGACUCAAACCCCUUUUCUCCUCUCCACAACUCGGUCUCCUAUUUUCCUUUUUCCUUUUUUUUUUCUUUUAAAUUUUUAUUUUCCUUUUAUUUUUUCGCCUUCAGAAACUCCGAAAAAUCAACAAAAGUUUCAACCUCCAAAAACCUCCAAAACCCUAAUCAAGUAAACCCGCAGAUUUUGAUAUUUCCACACUUCAAUUCAAUCCCAUUUCACAAAUCUAUCAAUUUUCGCUAACUUAAUUUCACCAUUUUAGACUCAUUAAGCAGCUUAAUUAACUACACACACAAAUUCGGGAGUAAUAAUGGCUGGUUCUGGAAGCUUCGCGGUGUCGCGGAGUCAUGGCGGUGACCGAUUCUACAAUCCUCCUGCUAUGCGCCGGCACCAGCAGAUGCUAUUACAACAGCAACAGCAGCAGCAGCAGCCACAGAAACAGCAACAACAACAGCAGCAGCAGUUGCAGAGAGCAGCUAAUAAAGCUGAGGCGCCUGCUGCUGAGGCGGCUGGGAACCGGACGGACUCGGACGAUUCGACUACGACAUUGUCGAAAACGCCCUCCGGUUGCUCCGCUGCUUCGCCGCCACGGCCGCCGCCAGUAAAUGUUACUAAUUUGGAUAGUUUGAUUGAAUCUGUUACUCCCUUCGUGCCCGCCCUGCAUUUUUCUGAGGUGAAUGUAAGAGGCCGUAGAACUAGGGAAGCAGAGUCAAAUCCCUAUUAUUGCCUUGGGGAUCUCUGGGAAGCUUUUAGUGAGUGGAGUGUCUAUGGAGUGGGCAUACCACUAUUGUUGAAUGGGAAAGACUCAAUUAUACAGUAUUAUGUUCCUUUCUUAUCCGGCAUCCAGUUGUAUGUAGAUCCAUCUAAGCCAUCUUCACGCCUUAGGAGGCCUGGUGAAGAGGGUGAUGCUGACUCAUCAAGGGAGACCAGUAGUGGUGGAAGCAGUGACUGUGAAGAGAGGCGGUCCAAAUCCUCUUAUGAUGGGCUGUGGAACCAGCACAGCCUUGUAAAUCAAAAUGCCCAGCGACUAAAUAGACUAUCAUUGAGGGACAAGUCUGUCACGGGUUCAUCGAGCGAUGAAGCUGAAAUUUCGAAUUCUCUUGGGGUGCUCUUGUUCGAGUAUUUGGAACAGGAGCAACCACAUCAUCGAAGACCACUGGCUGACAAGAUAGCAGUUCUGGCAUCUCAAUUUCCAGUGCUGAAGAAGUGCAGGAGCUGUGAUUUACUGCCUUCUAGUUGGAUUUCUGUAGCUUGGUAUCCUAUAUACAGAAUACCAAUGGGUCCCACGUUGCGGGAUCUGGAUGCUUCUUUCUUAACCUUUCAUUCUUUGUCUACACAAUCCAGAGCUCUGAGUACAGUUCAGCCACGCUACCAUGGUGCAACUGGCAGGAAAGUUCUUGGCAAUGUAAAUGCAUGCUCAAGAAUUUCUUUACCAGUCUUUGGCCUUGCCACAUACAAACUGAAAGGGUCAAUCUUGAGUCCAUGUGGACCUCAUGAAUCCGAGCAAGAAGAUUCUCUAUUGCAAGCUGCAGACAGUUGGCUUCGGCGCUUGCAGGUUAUCCUUCCCGAUUACCAGUUUUUCCGUGUGCACUAUUCUCCAUGGAGAUGAUCCAGCUGUUGAAGCUCCUAAGUUUUUGCUGAUAAUGGGGAGAAACUUAGAUUGUCAGUUUGGUUAAAAAGUUUUGAGAUCUAAAACCCCAGACUUUGACCAAUCUUGGUCAAAGAUCCAUAUCUCCAUUAAGCCUUCCAUUUUGAUGUGGAAGGUUUUUGUAUUGGAUUGAGGGAGAAAAAGAUCGGAUGGGCGUGAUAACUCUCAGUGAGUCUAUUUGACGCUCACAGUGGAAAUGCUGCUGCUUUGUACUUUAUGAUUGUUUCCUGAAAUGUGGCAGGACUCCUCAUUACCCUGCCUUCUUUGCUUUGCUGGGGUGGAUAAAAUAUAAUCUUCUGAUAUGGAUAGGCCUGUUGUCUUUGUUGAGUCAGGAGCAGAAGUUCUUGACAAGUGAUAGUGACGAAAGAUUUGGAACCUGUAUUCUCAGAUUGCACAUAAAAAUUGAUAGAAAUAUUUGUUAUAGUUUGUCAAAUUCAUACAACCAGUACGUUGUGUUCCUGAAAUUGCAAUCUCAUGAUUUCUUUCCUUAUAUUCUUAAUCCACAUCUUUGGAUCUUCA